AUGAAGACUGAUUUCGAGGUCCAUCCAGCUCGCAAGAUCUUGGUGGUUGUCACCGUCGGCGGGUCGACUAAUUCAGCCCCCAUUCUCGAAAUAUGCCGCAUCCUGGCUGAGCGUGGACACACCGUAGAAUUUGCCACGCUACAGGGACGCGAGCAUUUCGUCGACCAGUUCCCCUUCGUCUCCGCCGUUCACAUUGUAGGUCGCGCCAUCACCGCCAUCGAGGACGAGGAACUAUACGUGCGGCUAAGCCGGUGGGAUAACCGCAGUUACCGUGGCCGUCGGGAUUACCUACAAUGUAAGAAGUUCUACGACUCGUUCUGGCCAAAGACGUAUCGCGGCCUCAGACAUGUAGUCCAGACUAGUCGGCCGGACUUCAUCUUUGCAGAUUACCAGCUGGAUGCUGCUCGAGAUGUCGCCAAAGAAUGCUGUCUUCCACUAGCAACCCUGUGGCCGCAGAUGCCGUGGCUUUUGGCCCCGCAGAAAUGGAUUCCGGGUGUGCCUGGGACGCAGACAAGGUGUUUGACCAGCGAACACGCCAGCAUGUACGACCGGCUAUUCGAACAGACGUAUUUUCUACGAUACGCUCCAAACCUGAUUGACCUCUACCAGUGGACGAAGAAGCUCCGGCAAGCGAACGGAGUCAAGACGAUGCCUUCGUUGAAGCCACAGCCCGAUCACAUCCAUCUGGUCAACUCGUUCUUCGGCUUGGAGCCUCCGAAACCGGUGCCACCUCUCAUAUUUCCGGCGGGACCCAUUUUCUCUGAUUCAUGGAGAUCUCUCGAUGCUGGCCUUGAGGAAUUCUUGCGCACCAGGGCAUCCGUCGUGUUCGUCGCAUUCGGAACGCAUGUCAUACUCUCCUAUGAGGUUGUGCUGAAGAUUCUCCAAGGCCUUGAGGGCGCCAUGUGCGCUGGGCAUAUCGACGGCGUAGUAUGGGCCAUGAGAGCCGACAGCGCCAGCGAAAUCAACGGCACCUCUGUGCUGGAGCUUCUGCAGAACAGACAUUCUGCCUGGCUCUUUGUUGAGGAGGCCCCACAGCGAGCCAUCCUCGAUCACCAGUCUGUGGUAUUAUUCUUCACACAUGCCGGCCCGUCUUCCGCCAACGAGGCCCUCUACCACGGCGUCCCCAUGGUGGCCAUGGCGAUCUACGGCGACCAGAUCCAUAACAGCAUGCGUCUGGCCGCGGCAGGGGUGGCGGUGGCCAUCGACAAGCAUACCUUCACGUCGCAGCAAAUCUCCUCGUCCGUCGCUGCUAUCGUGACAGACGCGCAAGGGGAGUUCCGCCGCAAUGUCCGCCGGAUGCAGCGAAUCGCCCGUGUUGCAUGUAGAAGGAAAUACGCCGCUGCAGGUCUGAUCGAAGAGCACAUGUAUGACUGGGGUCUCAGGUACGAACGGGAACGCGCUGAGGGAUCACUGUCGGGCCUUAACGGAGGCCGGGGAAGGGAACUCUUCCCAAUGCACUUGCAGACUGCGGAUGCACGGAUGUCGUGGCUCAAGGCCACCAACAUGGACCAGUACUUGCUUGGCAUUUUUAUCUGUGUCAUAUCUGGUAUGGUAUGGAAGUAUGUGUUGUAG